GAAGAGGUUUUUGCGCGAAGAAGGUGUAGAUGUUGGCGGUUCUGAGCAGAGAAGAGGAAGAAGAAGCAGCAGCAGCUCUUCAAGCCGAGACACUUGACGUGGUAUAAAAGAGGCAACAUGUCUGCUGAAAUGGCAAACUGUGGAGAGAUCCAAGUGAAGGAGCUAAACAAGCGUGCUUCCGGUCAUGCAUUCGAGGUCAUCCUGAACCCCUCAGCCCCAGAGGGCAGGAGCAACUCCCCUUGCCCAUUGUCCCCUCUUAAGAAAAAGGAAACCUCACUGGAUGAGAUUAAGAGGAAACUGGAAGCUGCAGAAGAGAGACGCAAGAGCCACGAGGCUGAUUUGCUGAAACACUUAGCGGAAAAACGGGAGCACGAGAAGGAGGUCAUCCAGAAGGCCUUGGAAGAAGACUGCAACUUCAGCAAGAUGGCUAAAGAGAAACUUAAUCAGAAGAUGGAAGCAACCAAAGAGAACCGCAGCGCAAGGAUGGCAGCCCUCAAUGAGAAGUUCAAGGAGAAGGACAAGAAGUUCGAAGAAGUGAGGAAGAACAAGGAGGCAAUAAAAGUAGUGGAUUUGGUUUAGGAACUGGAAAACAGUCUUUACAUCUCCUAAGAUAAACUUUAUUUUUUUAAACUGCCGCUUCUACGAUGUUGUCUGUUGUGUUAGUUCUGCUUUUGCUGUUGAUGUUAGAUCGGGUGUGCAAAUAGUCAGGUUUUACUUCACUGGUAGAUUUCUUAUUGGCAGCUGAAUAGACUAGAUUUUGUGGCACAAACUAUACUUUUUUUUGAGAGACAUUACUUAUAUUUUGUAAUGUUAAAAUGAACGAAUAGUAAUGUUCUGUACGGUUGUUCAUUUUGCAUGUUUGAAUAUAGUGUAUGAUACUCAGGUUCAAUCAUUAAACUAUAUUCCCAAUUUGU